CUGGGUGGUGUUAUCAAAGCGGGUGCGAGACGGCGUCGGUGGUGGGGGGUUUUAGGGGGAAAUUCACGGCUCCAUCCUAUGCUAGCGAAGCCUCCACUACAUUCGCGCGCCAGCUACCGUCGCGCAUCCACGCCCGCGCUCGAGGUCCACGAAGCGAUAGUCAUCUCCAAAAUUCGCGACAACAUCAGCUCGUGGGUGCUGUGGUGGCGUCAACGCCAUCUUCGGAUGGGCGCACCGCAGACCCCUAAACAAAUUGAAGAAGAUGACUGCGUGCCUCGCGUGGCCGUAGUUGAGGAGAUACGUCAGCAGCCAGACCGCAAGCUGGAGCGACGACGAGCGCAAAGCGGCCCGCGGCGGCGUGGCCUUGAAAAUGAGUUGGAGGGUGAGCGACGGAGACCGAGGCGCAGGCCUAGGCAAAGAAGGACUGACGCACCGACCUCCGGCUAUCGAUUUGGAGUACUGAAUCGUGACCCACAGUACGGAGUCAAGUUUUCAACAAGUUUGGUUCAAAUGUUUGCUUAG